UUUCUCAGUCUCAUUUCUUACCUUCACACACACAGGUAGGUAGGGCACACAGGUCUGGGAGUGUGUGCGUCACAUACCCAGAAGCAUCCACAUACACUCACAUUCUCACUGUGAGUGACCUGUUGCCAUUGGCCAGGCCCACCAACCCUCUGCCUGUCCGAUCUGAAGAACAGGGCCAUUUGGGAAAGGAGGAGAAAGAGCAGGAAGAUGGUAACGCUGAGGUUGACGUGGGGACUCCUGGUCCUGUGUGUGGUGGCAGCCUCUCCCCCCAGAUACGCCCGACAAGCAGAACUAGACAACUAUGACGACAACAACAACGUGGAUAUAGACCUGAAUAAGGAGGGCGGCGAUUUUUAUGAAUAUUACGAUGAAAUUGAUGAAACACAGAUGGAGACUGACACCUUGGUCCCUGAUGAGGACAUUGAUCCUUCAAAUGGUGCCUCGUUUGAAGAGGAAGAAGAGGGGGAGAAUGUGGAGCAUGAAGAACAAGAAGAACGGAGGACAGUUGAGGAGAAUGAACAUAAGGAAUUACCCAUUCAGCCUCAGCUUAUUCCAUCAGGCUCUGGGGAGUCAGGGACUCUGAUGGGCCCUAGUGCUCAGGGAGAGGAGGAGCUUCGUCGGACGCCCAUUGACACCCUUCAGAUUUCUGGGGACAUUUCGGGUUCUGGUGACUUGGGCUCUGGAGACUUGCUCGAUAAGAAAGCUUCUGGUUCUGGAGAGCCUUUGGGCUCUGGAGGUUCUGGGACCUCUGGUGACAUUUCAGGUUCUGUGGAGUCAGGGGACCUUGUUUCUGGAGUCUCUGAGCUUUCUGGUUCAGACUUAAUAUUGAUCUCAGGUGGAGAGGAGGAGCUCCACCCGAUCCUUGAAACCCUUCCACACGAAGCCUCUGGGGAUUAUGGGGAGUCUGGGAUCUCUUGGGUGUCUGGAGCCUCUGGGUUACCAGAGGUGUCAGGGGAUCCUUUGGCCUCUGGAGUACCUGAGGUGUCUGGAGAAUCUGGGGCAUCUGGGGUACCUGAGGAUUCAGGAGAGCCUUUGGCCUCUGGAGUACCUGAGGUGUCUGGAGAAUCUGGGGCAUCUGGGGUACCUGAGGUCUCAGGAGAACCUGGGGUACCAGAGGUGUCAGGGGAUCCUUGGGCCUCUGGAGUACCUGAGGUGUCAGGAGAAUCUGGGGCAUCUGGGGUACCUGAGGAUUCAGGAGAGCCUUCGGCCUCUGGGGUACCUGAGGAGUCAGGCGAGUCUGGGUUACAUGAGGUGUCAGGAGAGCCUGGGGCCUCUGGAGUACCAGAGGUAUCAGGAGAGACUGGAGCCUCUGGUGUGCCUGAUGUGUCUGGAGAGCCUGGGAUUUCUGGGGUGCCUGAAGUGUCUGGAGAGCCUGGGAUCUCUGGGGUGCCUGAUGUGUCUGGAGAGCCUGGGAUCUCUGGGGUGCCUGAUGUGUCUGGAGAGCCUGGGAUUUCUGGGGUGCUUGUAGUGUCUGGAGGGCCUGGGAUCUCUGGGGUGCCUGAGGUCUUUAAAAAGCUUGAGCCCAUUGAAUUGUUUGAAGAGUCUGGCAUCCCUGAACUGGAAACUGGAGAGCCUGUGAUCUCUUUGGAGUCAGGAGAGUCUGGGGUGACUGAGGCCCCAGACGUCACCACUGAAAUAUCCAUUCCUGACCUAUAUAAAGUGGAGGAAAUACUCUUAACAACCUUGACCACUCCCCAGGAGGGGACUGGGGGUGAUAUAGGGUCAGGGUUACUACCUGAUAUUGACACAGACACAACAGGUAUGGCUACCUGUAUGCUGUGCACCUGUCUGGUCGGAUCUGUGUACUGUGAUGACCUUAAGCUGGACCGUGUUCCUCCCCUCGCCAAAGAAACCACUCAUUUCUAUGCCCGCUACAAUAAAAUUGCCAGGAUCAGCAAGUCUGACUUCGCCAACUUGAAUAAAUUAAAGAGGAUCGAUCUGACCAGCAACAGCAUUUCCAGGAUUGAUGAUGAUGCUUUCUUUGGCCUUCCUGCUCUCCAAGAGUUGAUCUUACGAGAAAACAGUAUAAGACAACUUCCUGCUCUGCCACCCUCUAUGUCUCUUAUUGAUGCCUGUCACAACCAGUUGGGCAGCACUGGCAUCCAGAGAGAAGCUUUCAAGGACAUGCCAGGGCUACUUUACCUUUACUUGACUGACAACAACAUAGACCACAUCCCAGUUCCUUUGCCUGACAGUCUGCGCUCCCUGCACCUACAGAAUAACAAUAUCCAGAUGAUGCACGAGGACACCUUCUGCAAUCCACAUGAUUUAAAUUACAUCCGCAAUGCUCUAGAGGACGUUCGCCUGGACGGUAAUCCCAUCAACCUCAGCAGAACCCCACAGGCCUACAUAUGUUUGCCACGUAUCCCUGUUGGUGCCCUUAUUUAAGCCGGAAAAUGCACACUCAAACGCACACAUGCAAAACUCACACGUAUGCACAUGCAUCAAAACUCCUCUGUGCGUACCUCUCUCUCUCUUUUUUUUUUUUAACUUUGGGCUCAAGCAAACACUUGGAUAUGAAUGGCUGUCUUUAAAAGAGGUUGGCAUAAAUACAUAAACCUACACUCUCACAGGAGUUCUGGUGGACACUUCCAACUCUACGCUGCUUGUGUUCCUACCUUUUUACACAGUACACACUUUUCAUAAUGCAGAUUUGUAGUCGUAUCUGGAUUAAUGACGCUUUAGAGAAACAGAGAAACAUCCAUGCAUAACUGAAAGUUUUUUAUUUAUCAAAUAGUGGAAAACAAGAUGUCAUUAAUUUACAAAUGCAAAUCUGAACACAACAAAAACCUUCGCUGUACUGGUUGCCUGUUCGGGGCUAGCUGCAAUAGCCAGCCCAAAUUGUUUAAAUAUGUUUGUUUUGUAAAUUAAAUAUUGUUAAUAUUCAUAUAGAAUUUAACAAAUGUUUAUCAUAAUUAGCAUAAGCUGGUGCUCACUGAACUUCUUGAAAGGUAAAUUUGACUAAUGCAAUAAAAGCAUUCUAUCAAUGAAUUUGUUGUAAAGUCUGUACUGUAAUUUAAAUAUAUGUAAGCUGAGUCUUUUUUUUCUACAAGAACUGCAAUAUUUUGGUAUAUCACAUCUCAAUCUGUUGUAUUGGCUGCUGAGGGGUUUGAAAAUGAUUGGGGGGAGGGUGGGGGUAAAUAUUAGCUCAGCAUUGUGUGUUUUGUAUGGAAAUAAUCACACCUGAAUAAAGAUUUCUGAUGACCUCUCCAAAA